AUGUCCUCACAUUCGGCAACUAAAAUCGACCAAAAGGAAUAUCUAAAACGUUAUUUGUCCGGUGAUAAAGUUAAAAAGAAAAAGAAGAAGGAUAAACAUAAGAAAGGACACAAGGAAACUAGUGGAGCUACGGUGAAAAUUAUCGAUGAUGAUUUCGUUGAAACUGAUGGCAUAAAAAUCGACGAGGAGCUACUAUUGACCGGGGAAGAUGCUCCCCAAAUUGUUGGAGAAUACACGGAGGAGAUACAUGGUGCUGUCAAGAAUAUUCCCAAGUGGAAAAGUAUUGUGAUUAAAGAUGAACCGGAAGACAAUGAAAGAGCGGCAACCAUUCGUGAGGAAGAUUUAUGGGGUAAGAAGGCAUCGGAAAUUAAAAUCAAACAAGAAAUUGAAAUAAAGAAAGAGAAAAGAACACCAGACAAUUCCCCCACACGCAAGAAAGAAAAGAAGAAACGUUCAAAACGUAGUCCAAGCGAAUCACCACCAAGGAAAAGACAUGCAUCUCCAUCUAAUGGUAGACGUUCCAGAUCUUUGGAUCAAAGCCCACCCAGAAAUAGUAGGGAUAUUAAGAGAGAGCGCCAAACGCCGCCGAGAAAAAAUGAAAAACAAUCACCAUCACGGCAGAGAAGAAAUUCCGACCAAUCACCACCUAGAAAGAGUAAAAGGUCACCUUCACCACGUCGAAGAAGAGACUCAGAUCAAUCUCCUCCACGCAAAGGAAGAGAUUCUCCUUCGCCACAGCGUAAGAGAAGGGAUUCCGAUAAAUCACCUCCAAGAAGGAAUAAAGGAACACCAGAUCAAUCUCCACCAAGGCGUAGAAGGAACUCCGACCAAUCACCUCCUAGAAAAGGUACAAAGCGAACUCCAGAUCCCUCUCCUCCAAGACGUAGAAGGGGAUCCGAUCAAUCACCUCCACGAAAGGGGCGAAGAGAUUCCGAUCAAUCGCCUCCUAGAAAGGGACGAAGAGAUUCCGAUCAAUCUCCCCCGAGAAGAGGAAGAAAACGGUCACCAGACCAAUCUCCCCCAAGACGGCGAAGAGAUUCCGAUCAAUCUCCUCCUAGAAAAGGAAGGCGAGAUUCAUCGGAUCAAUCACCACCAAGAAAAGGUCGUAGUAGAAGAGACUCAGAUCAAUCACCGCCAAGGCGAAGAAAAGAUUUCUCACCUCCACAAACAAGUACCUACAACAACAAUCGAUCAUCACCUGAUCGUCGACGUAAAGAUAGGGACUCGACACCUCCACGUAAUAUAAAACGAGAAAAACAAUCUGUGGAACCCUCAUCUCCAUCACCUCCGCCUGCACAAAGAAAGUCACGUUGGGAAAAAGAGGAUUCCCGUGACAGUAACUCACCACCGCCCACACAUAAACCCAAAGUCACAAAAACCUUAGAUGGUAAAAAGGCGGGUCUACAAGAUGCCAAAGCCCUUAAGGAGGAGACACUCAAGCGUCGCCAACAAGAGGAUUUGCUUUUCGAUAAAAUGUCUUCGGAUGUGUCGGGUCGUGAUGCUGAAAUUCGUGUACGUAAAAUUGGCCGUGAAGGUCGGCGAGCACGUGAGGCUCGCGAAGAAGAUCCCGAAGAACGACGUCUUAAAGAGGAACGUCAACAGAAACGUAAGGAGCACUACGAACGAUUGGGUAAGGGUCUCAAACAAAUUGAAGACUUUAAAAAUCGUCAAGCCGAAAUGGCUCAUGAGGCAAGUAAACCAUUGGCACGUCAUGCCAACGAUGAAGAUUUGGAACGCUACCUAAAGGAGCAGGAACGAGCUGAGGAUCCUAUGUUGCAAUAUAUGCGCCAAAAACGCAAAGAAAAACAGAAAGCCUCCAAUGAGCCGCAGAAGCCUGUCUAUGAGGGUCCAUUUCCGGAAAAUCGUUUUGGUAUACGUCCCGGUUAUCGUUGGGAUGGUGUCGAUCGUUCCAAUGGCUAUGAAAAACGUUGGUUCGAUAAACAAAAUGAACGCAGAGCUAGACAAGAUGAAGCCUAUCAAUAUAGUGUGGAAGAUAUGUAGAGG